AUGACUUCCCUGUCCUCUGAUCACCACACACCGCACCACGCAUUCCUCAUGCCCCCUAGUAUAGCCGGCGGUCGCCGCGGUAGCACGGACUACCGCCCGAGCAUAAAAAAGGCUCAGGGUCAUAUUCCAGCAUGCCUAGUCAAUGCAUCUGUGACGUAUUGCAACAACGAUCAGAUUUACGCCUUUGGCGGGUUCGAUCAAUAUACUGAUGAAGUGUACAACCACGUUCUGAGGCUGAACCUUAAAGAUCUCCGCUGGGAACUUGUAGACAACUAUGGCGAUAUUCCAGGAGUUCGCAUGGGACAUACUGCCACUCUUCAUCAAGGAACCAAGUUGAUCGUCUUCGGCGGAGAGAAUGAGCAUCGCGAAUAUCUCUCCGAUGUGGUCAUUCUUGAUAUCACCACUUCCACUUGGACUCAACCGGAAAUUCGUGGACCAAUACCGCGAGGAAGGGCCCGCCACGCUGCCGUCAUUUACGAUGACAAGCUUUUUGUCUUAGGAGGUGUAACUGGAGAUAACAAAAUCCUUGAUGAUUUGUCUUACCUGGAUCUGAAAACAUGGACAUGGUCCCGAACCUGGAGAUUUACAGCCCGCUUCGACCAUACUGCCUGGGUUUGGGGCGGUCGCUUGUGGACUUUUGGAGGCCUUGACCCGGGUAUGGAACGUACGACGGAUAUCUGGUGGCUUGAUCUCAAAGACAUCCAAUCUCUUGGAAUGACAACAUCGCAAGGUACCGUAGACACCCCCGCGACAAUCGGCAGGAGUACUCAUAGCCCAGACACAAUGUUCAAUAGUCCAACACAACAGCUCUCGGGACGAUCCGGUAGUUACGCAGCAAAUUCAGGGAGUGUACAAGUUCGCAAUGCAAACCGACGGAAACCAAUCGCUCCGGGUGCCAUAUCGUGUCUUCAGUUCAAAUCUGGUCCUCACGUACCUGCACUGUUCUCUGGAACCCACUUCCAAGCCUAUGCUUCUGGUGUUCUGCUCGACUUGAUAACUCCAUCGGAGACAGUGCGUAUCUUCGACUGCAAUCUAUCGUCAUUGGAGCUUGACUCACUACGCUGGCAGAGAUUGGCUGAUGGGCAAGAGAUAUUUAAACCGGGUUAUAGGUGGCAUUACUGUACAGUCGAUACGAGUGGCACCAAGGCGUGGCUGUUAGGCAGCAGUUCGGAUGCCGGCGCCACUCCUGGAACCGCUGAUGAGAAUCACAUGAGCGAAGUUCUCUGCAUUGACCUGGAAAGGUACGGCUUACUUGGCAAUGAGAUGACAGCCGCCUCGCCCGACCAAGGUAGAGCACUACUUUCAGAACGAUCGGGGAUAUCUCCCUUAUCUGGACUCGGUGCGGACCUGUCGGCUGUCUUUGACCAAGCGCCUGAGACCGGUAGUGGCGCCGACUUUAUCAUCACCGCCAACCCAGACGAUCAGGUAGACGGAGAUGAGCCUGGAGAGGAUGCUUCUUCCCAAGCUCAGCCAGCGUUUCUACCCCCUAACGCAGCCACUUCCCCACCGAUCCAUGUGCAUCGGAUUAUUUUACAACUAAGAUGGCCCCAUUUCAAAAGGCUGUAUUCUGCUCAAAUGGUCGAAUAUCAUUCGAAGAAAAUGCAUAUUCCCGAGCCUUACUCGGUCGUCCGUGCAUUCGUCUACUACCUGUAUACUGAUAGCAUCUCAGGUCACCCAGAAUACUGUUCUGACAUUGUCGAUGUGGCGGGAAUGCUCGUUAUGGCCAACUUGUACGACAUGCCUAAGUUACGAGUGUUAUGUGUCAACCGGUUAAGCCGCGAACUGGACGUAGAGAAUGCAGCCAUCAUCUGGGAGCGAGCCGGCCGGACGAAUGAAGAAUGGCUGAUGCGCCGUGCAGCUCAGUUCUGUCUCAGCAAUUGGGGCCGAGUAGUGCGCACCGACGGCUUCAAGUCUCUGAGCCGGCAGAGUUUGAUUGAACUAUGUGAGGUGGUUGACAUGGAAGGCCGCGUUGUUGCAGGACCUGAAUUGGAGAUGGUUGGAGCGCUUUCCGCAGAGGGAUUUGGCUCUGGCAGAGAUCCUAAGCGGUCGCAGCUGGCUCUCGGCGGCACCCUAGCUGACGAUGUCGAUGACCUCGAUGGCGACGAAAUGGAAGGGAUGGAAAUGUCGUGA